AUGAGAGACUCAGAGGAUCGCGUUGCUCUACAUUAUGCUGCUGAAACUAUGGAGUUGGAUAUGUUUCAAAAGAUAUUUGAACAGGAUCCGACGCUACUAGAUUGUGAAGAUAAAAAUGGACACACCCCAUUGCUUAUGGCUGUAAUGGGUGGCCGAAAUGAUCUCAUUGAGUUUUUGAUUUCGAAAGGUGCUGAUAUCAACCACUGCGACCGAGAUGGUCACUCAGCUGUGCACUGGGCAGUCGUCUGUGGACAGGUGAGAUGAUG